UUCCGGUUGGUGCUACAUACUACCUAUAUCUGUCAAUAUAGGUAGCAUACACCACAACUAUACUUAUUAAGUAUAAAAUAAAUUGAUUUAGUAUUGUUUACUAGAUAACAUUUUGAACGUAGAUUUCUUGUUAUGAUUAUUUCAAUACGAUCGAAUAUGAUCAUGUUGAAAAAAUUCUAUACAGAACUUCAUCUAGUAGAUAAGUGAGAAAUUUCCCUUUCAUAGUGGCUACCUACAUUCUGUACUUACAUCGAUGUAGAGACAUCAUUUUCUGUAUUGAAAACUAUUAUUACACCUACAAGUGAGAAAAUGGUCCCUGAAAAUUUAGUUCAGUUGAAACAUAGACCAAUAAUCAUAAUGUAUUAUAUUUUCCUUUCGUACAAUUGUUAUUUUAAUAUCUAUUGUAGCUGUACAUAUUUGUAUUACAAUAUGAAUUUUAAACAGUAAUAUGUUAAAAGUUUGAUUUUAUCCAAGUCUAGGUCAGUUUUAAAACUUUAUGAACAUUUUGAUUUUAUUGAUGCAUUCUGAUGCUCAUCCAGUUAUUUUGAACUUCUUAUCUCCUAUAAAACAAUCAACUGCCUUUCUGAAAGGAACUUCAACAUUUACCCUGAUAUGUGGUAAUCAUGCUUAAUGAUCAGACAAUUGAUAAAUUCAAUUAAGCGUUCCCAUAUUAGUCAUUCACUGUUUUAGAGGUGCCUUAGAUGAGUGUUUCUCCUAUCCAUCUGUUAUAUAUCUAACUGUGACUAAAGUCAUACACUUAAAUCAUUACACUAAUUCCGUUUAUUGAAUUUGUUUCUUUUUCUUUACAUAAAUAAAUACCUUUUAGGACAUAAUCAUCGCAAUUCGUGCACCAUUCUCAUAUUGUAUAAACAGUUCAAGAAUAUGAUCAAAUUUGUCAGUUGUUUUAACUCUUAUGGUAAAUUAAACUUCCAUUCAGAGGUUGCCAUCAUUGUUGAGUGUUAAGUUUUGGUUCUGUAUGUGGUGGGAGUGUGUGUGUGAUCCCAUUCCCAAAUCAACAUCAAUUAUUCAAAAUGUCGUUGUUGGUAGUUCUAAACCUAUAGUUUAUUGUACUGUAGUCAUCCAACUAUUAACUAUCAAGUUGCAAGUUUAAAUUCAUUCGACCUAUUCUGCUUUAAUUAGAUGAAUAGUUUCCUUGGCUCACAGUCUUCGAUGGAUUACUCACAUAUAUUGGGACCACCGAGUAAGCAAUUCUAAGGUCAGACCCGGAGUAUUAGGAUAAGGCGAUAUGUCGGUUGAUGAAGUAGUAAAUCCUGAUCAACUGAGGUCGUUGGGGAUUAUAUUGCUUGUUACUAAUCACUUCCUGCCUCAACGCAUAGUGUUGGUUGGCGUAAGAGCAAGUUGAAAAAAGCUAGAAGUGACCAAAACAAGACAUCGCAUUAUUUGAUCAAUUCAUCGACUGUUGGAAUAAACUAUGCUUGUGUAGAUACAGACGACCUGGUUCGGGCUCACCCGAUACUCGUGACAUGACUCGUAAUGACACAGAUGCAUUUACUCUUUGUAUUCUCAUAGAUCUUUAGUUUUAGAGCUUUUCUUUUGGGAAUUCAUUCUUAUUGACUCCUGUUCCCCAAACUUAUUUUUACUAUCAUUAAUAUAACCAUUACCACUAUAGUGUGCUGUAUAUGUUGACAUGGUGUGGUAACGUGGACAAGUUCAUAUGCUCUAGGUUUCGGGUCGCUUUUAAAUCUAACUGAUUGAUUGAACUGUUUAGUACAUAAAUAGAACUGAAUUUACACAUUAUCUUUAUAAUUAAUUAAUUUUUCUAUAGGUUGUUGGAUCUGUAUUUGCAUUAUUAAGCAUAUCACCUACUUUAACAGCUGCACUUCUUGGUUGUUUACCAUGUGUUUUUUUAAUUGGAAGUUUAAUGGGCACUGAACUUCGUCAUAUUAGUCGUGAAGUUCAAUCACAAAAUUCUCUACUGGCUUCGUUAACUGAUGAGGUGUUUAGUCAUAUACGAACAGUGAAAUCUUUGACAAUGGAAGAUUUCUUAAUUGAUAAAGUAAAUUAUAAUGUGAAUAAAUCUAAAAUGUUAAGUGAAAAACUUUCUUUUGGAAUUGGUUCAUUUCAAGGUCUUUCUAAUUUAACAUUAAAUGGUGUUGUUCUUGGAGUACUGUAUGUCGGAGGUCAUCUAAUGUCUCGGGGUGAAUUAGACGCUGGACAUUUAAUGUCAUUCCUAGCCACUACACAAACGUUACAACGUUCACUUACUCAAUUAUCCUUACUAUAUGGACAAGUAGUUCGUGGAUAUACGGCAUUAAAACGUAUUCAUGAUAUAUUGGCAUUGUCUGACGGAAUUGGUUGUAUAACAUCAUCAUCUUCAUCGUUAGUGGUUAGUAAGCAACAUUUGACCAAAAUAAGUGAAGUACAAUAUCUUUCUUCAUACUCUGCACCGAGUAUAGAAUUUUCCGAUGUCAAAUUUGUUUAUCCGAAUCGUCCGGAAACGAUUGUGUUAAAUGAAUUGUCAGUGUUUUUACCAGGGGGUAAAGUGAUUGCUCUGGUUGGUCAGUCUGGUGCAGGUAAAUCUACUGUUGUCUCUUUACUGGAACGUUUCUACGAUCCAAUAUCUGGCGAAAUUUUGUUAAAUAAUUGUAAACUAACUAAUUUCAAUGUGAAUUAUUUACGUAGUAAAUUAAUUGGAUAUAUUAGUCAAGAACCUCAAAUAUUCAAUGCAUCAAUAAGAGAGAAUAUACGAUUUGGUCGUUUUGAUGCGACUGAUGAAGAGGUUGAAGAGGCAGCUAAAUUAGCUUAUGCUCAUGAAUUCAUUUCAAAUGAUUUACCAUAUGGUUAUGAUACACUAGUUGGUCAAGGUACUGGUACAACAGCUGGUUUAAGUGGUGGUCAACGUCAACGAAUUGCAAUAGCACGUAUCUUAUUGAAAAAUGCACCAAUUCUAUUAAUGGAUGAAGCUACAUCAGCUUUAGAUACUGAAUCUGAAGCCAAAGUACAAAAUGCAUUAAAUAAUGCAAUGAAAGGUCGUACAGUUCUAUUAUUGCUCAUCGAUUAAGUACAGUACGUAAAGCCGAUCUAAUUCUAGUUAUGUCUAGAGGGCAAAUAGUUGAGUUUGAUCAAUUUGCAGUGCAUAGAACAAUCAUUCAUCAAUGUCGUUUAUCGACAAUAUUGGCUAUGAAAUAAUCAACUAGAAAAGGGGCCAAUUUGGAACCCAACGCUACUUCAUCAAUUUGUCUAUAUUACUGAUUAGCGAAUAUAAAUUGCAUAUUGAAAAUGUAUCAAAAGAGUAAUUCCUUCAGAUAGCGUUUCAGAACACAUAGACCAUGGUUACCGUUUUUAGUAUCAGUGGUAUUAUUAUUAUAUUAUUAUAAGAAGCUUUAUUCAACAUUAUACUUUUCGUACAACAUAGAAUUCUCAGCAUAAAGUAUUUCAACAAGUUUCUUUUUCUUAUAUCUUGAUCGAUUGUGACGAUAAAUUUCGAAUGAUGACCAGUUAGAUGUUAAAAAUUCGAUAAUCCGCAUUUGAUUAAUGUUCAUUCGUUUCAAUGCAUAUUGCCAGCCACCAUGAUGUCGCUGAUUGUACCUUUCUGUAUCCCGUAUAGCGAAAGGUUGUAAACUUUUCAUAAAUGCGCCCGAAUAGAUUGUGAGCACAAUAGACAUAUUGAUAUGCUAAAACGAACAACAAAACAGAUAACUUGAAGAAAUAUAUAGAUCGAAGGAACAGGUAGCCCAGAUAUUCA